AUGACUUACAGCUGCUGCUCUGGAAAGUUCUCCUCCCGCUCCUUUAGGCCCUGCCUGCCCUCUUCAGGUUCCUCAUGUGGCUCUUCCUACCCCAGCAACCUGGUCUACACCACUACCAGUUGCUCUCCCAGAUCCUGCCAGGUGGAAUCCUCUCUGAACACUAGCUGUCAGGAGACCUGCAUUGAGCCCACCAGCUGCCAGAGGUCCUGCGUGGUGUCCAGGCCCUGCCAGACAGCCUGCUACUACCCGAGGAGCUCCACACCUUGCAGUCCCUGCCAGGGAACAUAUGCUAGAUCUCUGAGCUUUGGAUCCAGCAGCUGCCGUUCCCUGGGCUAUGGAUCUAGAAGCUGCUACUCAGGGGGCUAUGGAUCCAGUGGCUUGAGAUCUCUGAAUUGUGGAAUCUAUGGCUUCCCUUCCCUGUGUUAUGGGUCUGGAUUCUACUACCCAGAAUACUUGGCUUCUGCAACAUUCCAACCUUCUUGUUAUAGAUCAAUCUAUGGCAUUGCCUUCUAG